AUGGUGAAUCCCCACACUCACAGAGUUCUUCUCUUUCUCCGACUGAACAAGUUCUCAACCCUAAGAACACAUCACUCUCAUCAUUCUCUUCUAAAUCUUAAUAUCAACCCACCCUUCUCCCUCCGCUUCAAUUACAAAUUCGCCACCGUCCCCAACGCCCGCUCCUUCGCCGUUUCGUACCUCGUCUCCACCUGCGGCUUCUCCUCGGAAUCCGCUCUCUCCGCCUCCCGCAACCUCCACUUCGACAGCCCCCGGAAGCCCGACUCCGUCCUCGCCUUCUUCUCCGCUCACGGCUUCUCCCUCUCCCAAAUCCGCACCAUCGUCAAAUGUGUAAACCGCAUCCUUCUCUGCAACCCCAACAAGGUCCUCCUCCCCAAAUUCCUCUUCCUCCGCUCCAAAGGUGCCUCCGACGCCGACAUAGUCCACAUGGUCACCACCGGCCCUCUCUUCCUCACCCGCAGCCUCGCCAACCACAUCGUCCCCUCCUACCUCUUCGUUAAACGCUUCUUCGACUCCAACAAGCAAACCAUGGCUUGUCUCAGACGCAACUUCUGCUUCAUUUCCGCUACCGGUUUUUCGCUUAACGUCCAAAUGCUCCUCGAUAACGGCGUCAAACGCUCCAGCAUCGCCAAGCUGCUCCGCAUGUGGCCCUCUAUCCUCUGCUCCUAUAACUUGUCCAACACGGUUCGUGAAUUGAAGGAAAUGGGGUUUUGCCCUUCCACGACUUCUUUCGCCGUGGCUUUGCUCGCCAAAAGGACUGUGAAUAAAGCCAAGUGGGGCGAUAAGGUUGAGGUUUUCAAGAAGUGGGGGUGGUCGGAGGAGCAUGUGCUUAUGGCGUUUAGGAGGCAUCCUUAUUGCAUGUUGUCAUCCCCUAAGAAGAUUGAUGCUGUGUUUAGCUUUUGGGUUGAGGAGUUAGGGUAUAGUUCUUUGGAGCUUUUCAAGUCUCCUAUUAUCUUUCAGCUGAGUCUCCAGAAGAGGAUUGUUCCCAGGUCUUUGGUUCUGAGGUUUCUCGCCAAGAAAGAUUUGAGGAAAAAGGGUGCUAGUUAUGUCACGCCGUUUCUCAUGACGGAGAAUGUGUUCCUGGAGAAGUUUGUCAAUCGUUAUGAGAAGCAUUCUUCUCAGUUGUUGAAGAUGUAUGAGAAAAGUAAGAAUGUUGCGAAUAUCGGGGAGGAGGAGGAGGAGGAGAAGAAGAAAAUUCUUUGCUUGUAG